AUGGUUGAUGGUGAUGGUGGUGACGGCUCUUUCAAGAAACCCGGAGCAGUGCCGUUUAACUGGGAGAUCCGACCCGGUAUCCCCAAGACCCGAGAUUCGACACCCGAUCCUACUCUCCUUCAACCUCCCAAGAAACUUCAUCCUCUCCGUUUACAACAGCUUUCACCUCCGUCAUCUCCCAGACCACGCGCUGUCUCUCCUUUUGCGCCUCCUCCUCCGUAUGUCAAGCCCAAACCACCGUCUGCUUCGGGACCUCCGUCUCCCUACUGGAGAAGUUCAUCAGCUCGAGGUAAACUCGAAUCCGGUUCUCCUAUGCGGCGGUGGCGUCUUCUCAAGUCGUUGAUCGGGCUGAAGAAGAGUAGAAAGAGCCGCGACGUGAAAAAGAAGGAGGGUGAUCAGGAUUCGACGUCAUCACAAUCUGACGAGUUCUACGAAUCGGGGACGACGUUUUCGCAGUCGGAAGGUUCAAGCAGGGGAUCGGUGGGCACGAGCUGGAGCUCGCCGCAUUCGUCAUCGUCUUCUUCGUCUUCUCUGAAACGUAACGAGUCGGAUCUAAGCUCCUCUGAGAAAAAAGUCAUGUUAAUGAUGGCUCGUGCGCACCUCGGUUAG